CGCUGAACGUCAUCGUAGAAAACAACGGUGAUUUGUAGAUCAAAAUGCAUUCAAGCUGUCCGAUGACCCAUUCUUAUUGAAUCUUUUUUUCUCUCUUUUUUUCACGUAUGGUAAUGGGCGCGGGGUGAACUCUUCCUCUUGUAUGCACCGCUCCCUUCUGCGCUGAUAAUGCAAAGAGCCCUGUCGUGGAAUCUGGUUAGCCGGGAACAACUACAGCUCUACUACCAGCGACAUAUCUACCAAGGCGAGCCCGAAGACCCGCCGCCAUACGAAGAUGAUGGGCCCGAGAUCGACUGGAACGACGUGCCGUCAACGAACCCGGAGUUGCUUUGCUCGCGAUGCAUGCUCGCCGUGUUGAAGAUCUACUCCAACCGCGACGGCACCGGCGCUUUUGGGCUCUUCUUGCCUCCGGCUCGAACGUGCGUCCUGUGCAAGCUCAUACUGGAGAUCCAAAACGCGUCGCGGAUAGACCACGAGAGUCGCGUUUUCGAGCUGAUGCGCGUCCGGAUUCCUCAUCCGAACCUCUCUCGGGCCCCCCCGGCCCACAUGAAGGACAUCGUGGUGCUCUUCGACGCCAGCCCGAUCUCGAACCUGGAGCAUGGCACCCGAGUGGUCUCCAAAAUGGUUGACUUUGAUGGAAUCCGCGCAAUUCCAAAGCAACAGCUUGACCCUUCCGUGGUGCGAUCGUGGCUGAGUGAAUGCGAGAGCACGCACGGCGAAGGGUGCUGUGGAGCGACGAACAGAGUGUCUUUGGAUGCGCACAGGAUCUGGCUUAUCGACACGCGUCACUUCUGCCUCGUUCAAAAGCCGUUGCCGUGCAGAUAUGUGACUCUGUCGUACGUGUGGGGCAAAGUGCAGACGUUUCGAUUAAAGGAGAAAGACAUCCCGUCGCUGAGCACCUUGGAGGGCCUCCGCGAUAUCGAGGACCAGCUGCCGCUCACGAUCAUGGACGCGAUAGAGUUCGUGAGGAGCAUUGGAGAAAAAUACCUUUGGGUUGAUGCUGUGUGCAUUCCACAAGACAACGCAAAGAUCAUGGAGGAGCAGAUUGGCCAUAUGGCUUCCGUAUACAGAUCGUCCAUUUUGACCUUGGUCGCUGUCGCCUCCGACGACGCUCGGAGCCCUCUCCCCGGAGUUCGGGCUGGCACGAGGUCGUUGCGGUCUUUCUUUGAAACACCUGACCUUACUCUGGCAGAGAGGUUGACGUCGAUUUUACCCGUCAUUCUGUCUUCUAACUACAACACGAGAGCCUGGACCUUCCAGGAGCGACUGCUGUCUACGCGGUGUCUGUACUUCACCGGAGAGCAAGCGUUCUUGCAGUGUCAGUCCGGAAUCUUUCGCGAAGACCGAGUUGCGCACACCGCCUUCGAGAAGCUCGGCCGAGACAUCCAGGCGCUCAAGCCUCUUUCUCCCGCUUUGAUAGAAUCUCAGAGCCCGACCGGCAGCACGGGCCUGGCGAAGAACUUCCAGCUGUACCGUCAAAUCGUCGAAGAGUACACAACGAAGUCGCUCUCCUAUGACGCCGACAUCCUGCAUGCCUUCACCGGAGUAGCGGAAGAGCUGGAGCCUUUGGUCGAAAGCCCGCUCGUGGCAGCUAUGCCGGAAAAGUUUUUCAUUCGAUCCAUGUUGUUCCAGCCAAAGCGACGCGCGUUCACCAAAAGAACGGCGGAAAUGAAACACUUGGAGAAGCGCACCAAUGAGCUUGUGAACCUGUCGUUUCCAAGCUGGUCAUGGUGUGGAUGGGUAGGUCCUGUUGAGUACAAGAACGUCGGCUCAAUCAUUGCGCAUGCAAGCCGAAUACAGAUAUGCACAGCCCUCAGAAGCAACAAGCAGCCAGUCGAGUUCCGGUUCUUCGAGCAAUCGAUCGAACCACGGAGCCACGGGUUCGAAGUAGAUUUUGCCGGUCUUCCCAAGCCCGCCCUUGACGUUCAACCGUUCACCCUCCGCUUCAUGGCGAGCGUAGACGUCUCUGGGAGUUUCAACUUCGAACCGUCUGUACGAGGCGACAACUAUCUAUCCGUCACAGGGCCGAACAGCCUCACUUGCGGUCUGAUACGUAUCGACGACCCCAGAGCCAGCCAGCAUUCUAGUGGUAGAUCAAAGCCCAACAGAAAGGAGACUAAGAACUCGUGCCUCGUACUUCUCUGCGACAUUGAAAUGGAUCUGAUUCGAGAACCAGAUGAACCUGACGGCUCACAUCAGAGAAAGCCAUGGGGUCCCAAGCUGUACUACGACGGCUCACCGUGGAAACUCUGCGCCGUGCUUUAUGUUGGCUGGAAAGGCGGCGUGGCCGAAAGACUUGGCAUAGGAGAGGUGACAAAGGAAGAUUGGAGAAGGUCAAACGCCGUCAAUCAAGUUAUAUAUCUUGCUUGAGCCUCCUAAACGGAAUACGGAGAGAUUUGAGACAUCAGAUAUCCGAUUCCCUACGCCACGAACACGUCGCGCUGGCACUACUUAGAACGUUUCCGCUCUCAUAUUUGUAGAACUUCUCGGAAGGACGGUCUGCGUCUACAUACACCAGAGAGCCACGAGCAAGCAAAGAUAGCAGCGAUCUCAGCGCCGGGCGGUAUUUUGUGUGAACGAAACCGGGAUACAAAUGUCGUUCUUGCGGAGAUUUGCGUCCCUGCUUAACACCCAAUUGUAGACGUCCUUUAUUCGUACUUACCGAGUUUUUUUUGGUCCC